UUGUCAUGUACCUGAUAGGAGACUGAAAUGAUGAGGUCGGCCUCACUUGUGUCACUAGCCCUGAUACCACUGGAGGUGGAACAGAGGGUGUCUAGGGACCAGGGGGACAAGAGCGCCAGUAGAUGUUGUUUGCAGCUCUUGCAGAUGAUGACCUUGGAAGACUGAUGAACCUCUGAUUCAGGCACAGUAGUAAUAUGCAGAGCUGGUAUGGUAGAUCGCCAGGUGUGCACCAGAGCAAGGCAGGAAGCGAGGGUGAGAGACAGGAGCAGUGUCAUAGAAAUAGCCAGGGUCAUUAACAGGCGGACAGCAAGGUACAAAAUCAGAAGCAAAGCC